CGGGGCGGACGCUCACGCCCCUCCUUUCCUCUCCGCCUCCGCCCUGCGGCGCGCUCGGGCUUCGGAGCCGACAUGGGCGCCGCCGCGUGGGCAUGGCCGCCCUUGCCGCUGUGUGCGUUUCUCCAGCUGCUGCUUCUGCCGCUCCCCGGGCUGCCCGCGGGCUCCUGGGAUCCGGCCGGUUACCUGCUCUACUGCCCAUGCAUGGGGCGCUUCGGGAACCAGGCUGAUCACUUCUUGGGCUCCCUGGCGUUUGCAAAGCUGUUGAACCGCACCCUGGCUGUACCCCCUUGGAUUGAGUACCAGCAUCACAAGCCUCCCUUUACCAAUAUCCAUGUGUCCUACCAGAAGUACUUCAAGCUGGAGCCCCUCCACGCCUACCAUCGGGUCAUCAGCCUGGAGGACUUCAUGGAGAAGCUGGCACCCACCCACUGGCCCCCUGAGAAGCGGGUGGCCUACUGCUUUGAAGUGGCAGCCCAGAGAAGCCCUGACAAGAAGACAUGCCCAAUGAAGGAAGGAAACCCUUUUGGCCCGUUUUGGGACCAGUUUCGUGUGAGUUUCAACAAGUCCGAGCUCUUUGCGGGCAUUUCCUUCAGCUCCUCCUACAAAGACCAGUGGAUCCAGAGAUUUUCUCCAAAAGAACAUCCAGUGCUGGCCCUGCCAGGGGCCCCAGCCCAGUUCCCCGUCCUGGAGGAGCACAGGCCACUGCACAAGUACAUGGUGUGGUCGGAUGAGAUGGUGAGGACAGGAGAGGCACAGAUCCACGCCCACCUCGUCCGGCCCUACGUCGGUGUUCACCUGCGCAUUGGCUCUGACUGGAAGAAUGCUUGUGCCAUGCUGAAGGACGGGACUGCGGGCUCCCACUUCAUGGCCUCUCCACAGUGCGUGGGCUACAGCCGCAGCACAGCCGCCGCUCUCACUGUGACUAUGUGCCUCCCCGACCUGAAGGAAAUCAAGCGGGCCGUGAAGCUCUGGGUGAGGGCUCUGGACGCCCAGUCUGUCUUCAUCGCCACGGAUUCUGAGAGCUAUGUGCCCGAGAUCCAGCAGCUCUUCAAAGGGAAGGUGAAGGUGGUGAGCCUGAAGCCCGAGGUGGCCCAGAUCGACCUGUACAUCCUUGGCCAGGCCGACCACUUUAUUGGCAACUGUGUUUCCUCCUUCACCGCAUUUGUGAAGCGAGAACGAGAUCUGCAGGGUAGGCCGUCCUCUUUCUUUGGCAUGGACAGGCCCCCACAGCUGCGGGAUGAGUUCUGACCCUGGCUGGAGCACAUCAGCAGUCCCAGCUGGGCCCUCCUGCCUGGCCUGGCAGCCAGAGCUGCUCCCAGGAUUGAUCUCCAGAAGAACGAGCUUCUCUUCAGCUGCCAAGGACAGAAAAAAGUACCAGGACUGCCUAGAGGAGGAAGAUGGCCCAACUCCCAGGGUACGGGACUUCUAAGCUCUCAGGGGCCAGACCAUCUUCCCUGCGUAUGUACUUCUGGCUAUUUCUCCUGGGAGUUUCUCACACCAGCAAAGUAGCCCGACCACUGUCUUUUGGUCUAUGCUGCUCUGAGCAGCCUGGGAUGCUGCACUCUCUUCAAAGAGAUUUUAUAUAUAUUAUGUAUCUCUCUCUGUAUAUAUAUCAAGAUAUCAAGAGAGAGAUUUUUAUAGUUUUCAUACAAAGUCAUGACUAACCUAGAACUCUCUCAUUUAAAAAAAAAAUCCAUGAAGUUCAUUAAUGUAGGUACCUAAAGUGACCUUAACCGAAUGUAAAUGAGGCUCAUGGGAUGGAGGUAUUCGCCACUUUUCCAUGUGACCCCCAGAGUGGCCCUCAGACUCAUCCCUGCUCCCUGGCCAGAGCCACUGUUGGCCCCGCUUCUUGGUCCCUGUGCAGGUUUGAGGCAUGAACACCAUCCUCCACUGCAAGCACUAUGCAAAUGGAAGUUCUCCGUCCUGGUGCCACACAGAGCUCCACACGGCUGAGUGCUGCUCACGCAACACACUCCCCGCGAGGAGCACACGCCACCAGGCCGGACUGUCAUGGCACUGGUCUUCGAGCCUCUUGGUAGUUGGUGGCCUGCCACAAACCUGGCACCAUCAGGGUCUUACGACCCAUCACCAGGGGCCAGAGCUUACGGGCCUGGUGGGACCCUCCUGAAAGCUGCCAUCUCCUCUUCUGAUCUCUUGUCUCGGGUCUGGUUGUAGCAUUUUUCCCUGAAGUCGGCAUCCAGGGCCUGUCCUCCCAGCCUUUCUCCUGCAGCCGGAGCCCUCAGAUUGUAUUCUCGCCAGACAGUAUUUGGUGAGCCUCUGGCCAGACGCAGGAGUCACUGGAGUCCUGGUUUGGAAGCACUUGUGCCCCUUCCUGUCCAGUGUACUCUCUGACUGGUGAGGUUUACAGUCUUUCCUUUUCUCUCAGAUACUGUGGAUGUAAUCAUCCAUGACUCCUCAGAGUCUGACGACUUGGCCUUGUGGCUCUAAAAUUCAAGUCUAACACCUGCUGAUCUCCCACCGUCAUGUGACUUCUCUUGGUCUUUGAUCCCGGGAAGGUGGAGGAGACACUCAUGAGAGCCAGGCCCCCAGCUUCAGUCUGGUACUUCCUCCUCAGGUUACCUUUGGGAAGAGAUACUGUUUUUGUCAGGGCAGGCUGGGUCAGAGGUUGUGGGGCACCAGCAGGGUCAGGCACCAAAGGUGACAUUUAUUGCUUAGAGCCACUGCCCAACUCUAAGCAGGAGAAACUGUAUAGAAAGGGCCUUUGCACUUUCCCUCUCGGGAAGAGUGAGAUGUUUUAUUCCUAAGUGGGCUCUGAGAGAUGGUUUAUGUAUUCAGACUCGUUCAUGAGCCUCUUUCAGAGACACAGAGCCUGUGCCCCUGCCUCCAGUGGCUGCUUGGGAAAGCGUAGCUCACUGGCUGGUUUCAUUUGCUGGUUUCAUUUGCUGGAUUCAUUUGCCCACCACAGCCGCACACUAGGCACAUGCAUUAGAGUCUGGGCUCUAAAGGGCCAUCCAAAUCACGUUGAUUGGCAUCACCUGUAAUAAUAGCUGUGUUUCUGGGGGAGAGGGCGCCGGAGUUGUAGGCAGAUUCAGUGUGUUCUGUAGGCAAGCACGUUAUUCCUCUUUGACCCAGUUUUCUCACCUUUAAAGUGGCGAUAACACUGACUGGGUUGUUGAAGGGCUCAAAUCAGAUAAAGCAUGUAAAAGAGCACAUUGUAAACUUGAAAGAGACAAAGGCACAUCUGUGCCAGUUGAUUAUUUUGACUGCCUCUUGCCACAUACCUACUCUGCUGGCACUGUGCUUAAGUGAUUUAUGGGCAGUCUCUGAUUUGCUCCUCCUUCCCACUUCCCCCAGCCCUGGGAAGUAGGAAUUACUGUUAUUAUCCUCUUUCUGCACAAGGAAAAACCAUCAGAAAAUUCUCGCUAUUUUCCAAGACCACACAGCCGGUGGCAGUAAACCAGGAUCUGGCUUCCCAAAGCCAGUGCUGGCAGCCACCGUGCUCUGCUGCCCCCGGUUCACAGGAUGCACUGUACUCCCAGUAGGUUCCUGCUGUGGGCGUUCGGGGAGGGGGAGGUCACCCAGGAAACAGAAAGCUACAUGAAGCUUAAAGUUCCCUUGGCCAGUUAUUCCACAUCCUUUUAGUAACAGGUAUUUAUUGAUCAACUAUUGUGUGCCAGGUACUAGGGCUCCAGCAGGGAAUCAGAAGUUUUCAUUCUCAAGGGAUUUGCAUUGUAGUAAGUAGACGUGCAAAAAUGUACUGUGGUUGCCGCUGGUUAAGUGCUGUAGAAGCAAAUACAGGGCACGAGGGCCAAAGAGGGGGAGCAGUGCUGUUUUAGGUGCCGAGCUCCGGUGGGGCCUCUCCGAAGAGCGGCUGUGAAGAAGGGAGGGGCGCUCACUCCGAUUUCUGGAGGUAGCGCAUUCCCAGCAGAAAACAGAGGAGACAGCAAGUGCAAAGGCCCUGAAGCUGACGUGGGAGAGUGAAGAACAGUAAGGAGGUCCAUGUGGUAGAAGGGAGGCAAGACACUGCAGUAGAUCGCAGCGGGAGAGGUCACUCAUCCUGCAGCCUAGCGGGCAGCGGUAAGGCGGGGCCUGGCUUUCACUUGGAAAGAUACGGAAAACCUUUGUAGGGACUGAGUGGAGGAGGAUCAUGGUCUGAUUUGUGUUUCUGAAAGACCUCUUUGCCGCACAGAGAAGCAGUGGGAGGAAGGAAGAGUAGAAGCAAGGAGACCAACAUGGAGCUGAUGCAGAGAUGCAGGUGUGAAAGACGGAAGGCCAGACAAAGGUCACUGCGCCGAAGAUGGUAGGAAGAGGUCAGACUCUGGACACGUAAAAGUAUUUUUAAAUUUCAAGCUUUUUUUUAAGGUGUAAGUCUUUGCAUAGUUUUAAUUACGCAGUGUAUGCAGUGCACUGUCCUGUCUUUCACUUGGCUGUGUAUCACUCUCCAUGUUGUUACGUGGCCUGAGUAAACGUUUUUAAUUAUAUGAAAUUUCACUGAGGGGUGUCCCAGAGUUUAUUAUCGUCCUAUGAUGAGAACCUAGUAUGUUCUCAGUUUUUCACUAUUCAAAAUAUAUUUUUUGUAUGGAUUUUGUCUUUUUACUUGUUUAUUUUUGUUGUUGUUUGUAAAGUGUUUUUUGUAUUAAAAUACUCCUUAAGGUAAAUUUCCAGAAGUGGAUUUGUUAUGUCACAGAUUUAAAUAUAAAAACUUUCAUUAUGGAAAAACUCAAAUAUAAAUCAUGAGUGAUAAAAUAAAUUUCCAGUUUCAGUAGCUGUAA